AUGUCGGACACGACGCCGUCCGUGGCGCGUAUGCGCGCCAUCCUGCGCCAGCUCUCGGUGGGCGGGCGCCCCAGCUGCUCCUCCUCCUCGUGCUCUGCCUCCUCCGCACUUCCCGCGUCUCCACCGCUGGCGCUGAGCCCCGCCACGCGCUGGAACGGCUGGGGCUUCCAGGACACGAAGCUCUUCGUGAACGCCGACAAGGUCAUCGAGAUCUCGGGCGCGCGCUACGCCGAGGUGUUCGCCAGCGCGCCGGACCGCACACUGCCAGCGCUGCUGCCCUGGGCCGAGAAGCGCCUGGGCCUGGACGCGGACCGCGGCAGUCCCCCGAGCGUCACGUGCGCCGAGGAGCUGACGCUGCGCAACCAGCUGCCGGAGGGCGGCGAGACGCAGCGGAAGCUGCUGCAGCUGCUGCACGUGGCGAGCGAGGAGCUGGGGCUCAAGAUCAGCACUGAGGUGGAGGAGCGCGUGCGCCACGGCCAUGGCCAGACGUGCGAGGACGUCUUCCGGCUGCGGCAUGUGAAGACAGUGGAGAGGGUCCCGGACGCGGUGGUGUGGCCGACGUCCCACGAAAAGGUGGAGGCGCUGGUGAAGGAAGUCACGAGCAACUUUGCAGAGUUUGUGUGCAUUAUUCCCUUUGGGGGAGGCACCAACGUGACCAAUGCGCUGGAGUGCGACCCCAAUGAGCGCCGCGCCAUUGUGUCGAUGGAUAUGGGCGAGAUGCGCCGCAUUCUGAGCGUGGAUAGGGAGAAUAUGCUCGCUGUUGUGGAGGCGGGUAUUACAGGGCUGGACCUGCACGAACGCCUGCGUCACCGUGGACUCACGCUCGGUCAUGAACCGGAUUCGUGGGAGUUCUCGACCCUCGGAGGGUGGGUUGCCACGCGCGGGUCAGGGAUGAAGAAGAACACGUACGGCAACAUUGAGGACUUGGUGGUGAACAUCACGACGGUGACGCCGCAGGGCACGAUGCAGCGCGCGGCGAACGUGCCUCGUGCUGCCAUGGGCCCGGACAUGAACAACGCAAUGAUGGGCUCGGAGGGCAUCUUCGGAGUCCAUACGUUGGUGACGCUGCGGCUCCGUGAAUACCCCGAGGUGCAAGUGUACGACUCGCUCAUUUUCCCGAGUCUAGAGCAUGGACUAGCGACACUGAAGGAGAUUACAAGAGAGGGGUGCGAGCCAGCGUCUCUCCGUCUGCUGGAUAACACGCAGUUCCAGCUCGGCCAGGCGCUGAAGACGUCAUCCUCGACCAACAAGUUCACCGCUGGCGUCCUCGACUUUGCGAAGAAGACGUACGUGACUAAGAUUCGCGGGUUUGAUGUGAAUGAAAUGUGCGCGGCGACAGUUCUGCUGGAGGGAUCCAGUCAACAGAAGGUGGCGGAGCAGCAGAAGCGUAUUCAGGCCAUUGCUAAGCGCCAUGAAGGCGUGGUGGGCGGCGAAGAGAACGGCAAGCGCGGCUACUUUUUCACGUACAUCAUCGCGUAUCUGCGCGACUUCGCGCUGGACUACUACUUCAUGAGCGAGUCCUUCGAGACGUCGGUUCCCUGGACCAACGCGCGCCAGCUCAUUACCGACAUCAAGCUGGCCAUCAACUCGGUCGCCGCCAAGCGUAAUGUGAAGGUCCCGCCGCUCAUUGCAUGCCGCAUUUCUCAAGUCUACGAAACGGGUGUGUGCGUGUACGUGUACUACGGCAUCAACUACUUCGGCAUCAAGGAGCCGUUGACGCUCUUCCGUGAAACGGAGCUGGCUGCCGUAGAUGCCAUUGUGCGCAACGGUGGCGCCUUAUCGCACCACCAUGGUGUUGGCAAGCACCGUAUUGGUUGGCUUCCCCAAGCAGUCUCACCUCCGGCCAUCGCAGCCAUUCAGGGGAUCAAGACCGCGCUGGACCCGACCAAUGUUUUCGCACUGACGAAUCUGCAGCCAUCGAAGAAACACCUCGAGAGUAAGCACAAGGCCUAG